CUCGAGACCGAUCGUUCAGAAUUUUCAUUUUCGAGCUUUCUGUUCAGAUAUUAGUCGGUGACAAAGUGACAAGCAGACAACGCAUAGACAGAGAGACGUUUUACAACUUUUAAAGGGAAAAUUUUUCAUAGAGCAAAUGCACUUUAGGUUAACAAACGCGAAUUUUAUCAUGAUAAUAACAUUAUUUUAGAAUUUACAUUCAAGGUACUCAAAUUGUGGAAUAGAGCACAUCGAUUCGUGUUCUUAUUUUUUCUCGAAUGAUUGACCGCCUUAGAUAUGCAACGAUACACUGUCAGUCCAGUAACGAUAAUCAAAAGUCACUAUUUUUCGUAGAUCUUGUUUAAUUAUUUUAUCUGUACCUAUUAAAAUUGUGGCAACUUUUAAAAUGUCGAUAACUAAUUGAAAUGACGAUCUGUUUUAUCGUGCAAUCUUUGAUAUAGAAUCGCGAUCGACACAGAUGGUUCUUAUGCAUAAUUGCGUAAAUAUAAUUUAUCUAUUCCAAUAACAGAUUAUUGAUAUAAAUUCAUCACGGUAAAUACCUAAUACUUUUCAUAUUGCUAGACAGCGAGAGAUUUUAAAAAUUACGCUCUUCCAUGCAGUGCACCUUAGCACGACGCACGUCAGCAGGUCAGCUGAUCCUCCGCAUAUAAAGGUAACUGGAAAUCAGCGCCACGUUGGUGCGGCCAAACUGACAGCUUCACAGUUGCAAACAAGCAAAACGACGGACAGUGCAAAAUAAUAGAGCUUCUCCGUUAUCGACAAUACUUUUAUAUACUGCACAACACACGCAUUAUUGCGUUCUGACGUUAGCAUUAUAAGUUAAUAAGUUGAAAAAAGGCACACACGCUUUCGGGCACAAUUAAUGCGCAAAGAAUCGCACGGGCUCUCGUGUGUACGUACAAGUGAAAUAUGAUAUGCCCCGGUAUCAAGAUCUAGCAGCAUUACGCAGAUUUUAUUUUUAUAUUUAUCGAAUUUAACUCUUUUACAGAGCUCCGAUAUUCUUAACUGCUUGUGUGUGAUUUAGGCAUAAGCAGGACAAUUUUAUAAGUGCUAGUGUUCCACGAGAGAGAGAGAGAGAGAGAGAGAGAGAGAGAGUUGGAAAAGCGCAUUUCGCGACACACGGCAUUUGUUUUCUUUUUACUUAUACGCUCUUUUGAUCCCGAAAUUUUAGUUACAAACGCUUAGUUAAUCGUCAACCACACUUUUUAACAAUGAGUAAGAUGUAUUCAACCGCUAAUCUCAGCGACAAGGAGCUGAAAGAACAGGGCAAUCGUCUGUUCAAUCUUCACAAAUUCGAAGACGCUGCUAACUGUUACACAAAAGCUAUCAUUAAAAAUCCUAAUCAAGCACUUUACUUCACAAAUAGAGCCCUUGCAUAUUUAAAACUUAAAAGAUAUGAAUCAUCAUGCCAAGAUUGUCGAAGAGCUUUGGAUUUGGAGCCCUGCCUUGUUAAAGGUCACUUUUUCCUUGGGCUUGCUCUACAAGGAUUAGAAUUAUAUGAUGAAGCCAUAAAGCACCUACAAAGAGCUGUUGACCUCUCCAAAGAACAGAAACUUAAUUAUGGAGAUGAUAUGACAAGUGUUUUGCGACAAGCUCGCAAAAAGAGGUUUCAAAUAAAAGAAGAACUAAGAAUUUCCCAAGAAAUUGAACUUCAAAGUUAUAUUAAUAAAUUGAUUAUUGAAGAUGCAGAAAAAAGUUUAGCAGAGCUUAAACUAAAAGAAUUGAAUGCUAAAGAUAAAGGAGAAGAAAUUUUAACAGAAAGUAAACUAUCUACGCUUCAACAAGAAAUUGAGGAAAAAAGAGAUUCUGCUCUUACAAGGCUAAAUGAUUUAUUUGCUAAAGUUGAUGAUCUACGCAGGCGACGAGAAGUCCCAGACUACUUAUGUGGCAAGAUCAGUUUUGAAAUUUUGCAAGAACCUGUUAUAACUCCCAGUGGAAUUACUUAUGAAAGAAAAGAUAUAGAAGAACAUCUUCAGAGAGUUGGUCAUUUUGACCCAGUUACCAGAGUAAGAUUGACUCAAGAUCAACUUAUACCUAACCUUGCUAUGAAAGAUGUUGUUGAUGCUUUCUUGCAAGAAAAUGAAUGGGCUCUUGAUUAUUAGAUAUCACAAAAGACUCAAUCCUGAAAGAUUUUCCUCAAAAAAGGAUUAUAUUUUACUAUGUACUAUUGUAAGGAUGUGCUGAAUCAUGUUGUAAAAAGUGUUUAGAGACUAUGUUAAUUAUACCUUAACAGAAUUAAUAAUAUUUUGUAGACAUUUUUUUAGUGCUGUGAAAUUUACGCACAAUUAUUUUAUUAUUAUUCAAUCAAUCUUCAUUAUAGAUAUUUAUCAACAAGAGAAUUUAUCUUCUUGAUUUUGAGUUUGGUUAAAUACUUUAAUGCAUUAAAUCACUGUAAUAUUUUAUGACAUUUCAAAAAUUUAGAGAUGAAAAAUAAACUUUAUUUAUGUACAAA